AGACGCCUGACAGCCUAGGCGGGUACAUCUAAAAGACUCCUGUGUCCCUCUGCCUGAUGUCUGACUAAGUGGAGGAUGAAUUUCACGGAGGUCUACGGGGACACGGUGUCCAGUGUGGCACUGGCAGCUCGGUCCGGCUGCAGGAAGCAGGUGAGGAGGCUGAUUCAGAGAGGAGGCAGCGUGGACUGUCGAGACAACAGAGGCUGGAACUCACUGCACGAAGCGGCCGCCGCGGGAAACGAAGGCUGUGUGAGAGAAAUACUGAAAGCUGCCGCGCGUUCGUCUCGAAGCUUCCGUGCCUUCGUGAACUCUCUGACACAUGAAGGAGAGUCAUCAUGUUACUUGGCUGCUCAGCGUGGACACAUGGAUGUUGUUCGUCUCCUCCUGAAAAACCACGCGGUGGUCAACCAGCAGACCAAUGACCUGUCCUGUCCGCUCUACGCAGCUGUGGAUGCCGGACACGUGGAGGUGGUACGACUUCUGGUCCGUGAAGGGGCAGAGGUCAAUGGAACACACACAGCGUCCUGCUGGACCUGCCUCCAUCAGGCCGUUUAUAAGGGUCACAGUGACAUAGUUCGGAUCCUGGUCUCGGUUUCAGACCUGGAGGCUGUGGACGACCACAACAUCACUCCUCUGUUUGUGGCGGCGCAGUACGGUCGCCAUGACGAUCUGCAGACCCUCGCCUUCGCCGACGCCAACGUGGACGCUCAGGCGGCGGACGGGGCCACACCUCUGAUGAUCGCCUCUCAGGAGGGUCAUGAGUCGUGCGUGGACUUCCUGUUGGGCUGCGGCGCCAACCCCAACACCCCCUGCAGCUCUGAGUGGCCUCAGCUGCCCAUCCACGCUGCCGCUCAGUUCGGACGCAUCAGUGUCCUGCGCAGGCUGAUCGCCGCCACAGACCGGGGGUGUGACCGGGGGCGGGGUCAGGUGAGUCCUCUGUACCUGGCCAUCCACAACAACCAGAGGACCAGUGUGGAGCUGCUGUUGAAGGAGGGCUUCAGCCCCGACGCCCAGGACUGUUGGGAGCUCCUGGGUCUGCGCUCGCCGCUGAGCCUCGCCCUCAGGAUGGCGUCAGAGAAAACCUGCAGCAGUGACUUGUCCAGGCUGCUGGUCUCUGCUGGAGCCUCUCUGAUCCAGGACCACUGGGACCAGGUCUUGGCCGCUGAUAGAACGGACCUGCUGCGGCUGAUCCUGGACCUGAGGCGGAUCCCUCACCUGGACUUGGCCCCUUGUCACAGACCAGAGGCCUGGGGGCCUGCGGUGCUGACGCUGCCGGAGCUGAAGCACCUGCUGAGCGCAGCAGUGACGCAGGUGGACGCCGCCGCCCGAUGGCUGCCUCUGCUGCUCAACGCCGGUCUGGACCCACAUCUGCUCCUGCACACUCACAUGUUGGAUGGGCUUGACGGUGCUGUGCUGAAUUACUUGCUCCAGUUUGUGAACUGGUCCACUCUGUCUCUGGACCUGAAGCUGGUUCUGGAUCGAAGGCAGGCUGAGAAGACCUGGAGUCCGCUUCCACAGUUUGACUCGCUUCCCAGUCUGUUCCACCUCUGCCGAAUGCGGAUCAGGACUCUGCUGGGACCGGACCUGCUGAUGAGGACCGCCGUGGUCCAACAGCUCCCUCUGCCCUCCCCACUGCACGGCUCAGUCCAGUUCAGAGACAUCCAAGAACCAACAGACACCAGGGAUCCACCGCAGUGAAGGAAGACAAGGAUGUGAACCAGAGGCAGAACCAGAACCAGAGGCAGAGAUGGCACAAGAGAUAGAACCAGAGACAGAACCAGAACCAGAGGCAGAACCAGAACCAGAGGCAGAGAUGGAACUAGAGACAGAACCAGAGGCAGAACCAGA